AGAUGGAGGAGGAUGUCCCUGAGCCUCAGAUGGAGGAGGAUGUCCCUGAGCCUCAGUUGGAGGAGGAUGUCCCUGAGCCUCAGAUGGAACAUGCUAAUGAUGCUGGAUUCCCCGGAGGACCGAUGUUGAGACAUGUGUUGACACAGUAUGAGCACCACGUGGCUCGGCGGCUAUGGGAAGGAGAGGAUCGUGGACCGUUAAAGGUCAUUACUCAUGGAUUGAAGUUGAAGAAGUUUUCUGAAGUUCCUGUGCCACAUCCUGUAGAGCGUUGGAUUCGGGAAUCUGGGCUGCUACCUCUUUCUUCGGCCUACCUCACUAUGGUUGAUGCUGGUCUCGUCUCGGCAUUUAUUGAAAGAUGGCACAGGGAGACCAGCUCAUUUCAUUUGCCAUUUGGAGAGAUGACCAUUACUUUAGACGACGUAGCUACUCUCCUUCACAUAUCACCCAAUGGUAAAUUUUUUGAUGCACCUUGGCUGCGUGACUUAUAUAGUCGUCUCAUUCAAACUAAUCAGUUUGAGUGUGCGGCUAGAGCGUAUCUAUUGCACUUAGUUGGCAGCACCAUUUUCGCCGAUAAAACGCAUACGCGUGUGGAGGCGAAAUACAUUAGUUUAUUUAUUGAUUUAGCUCGUUGUCGACACUAUUCGUGGGCUGCCGCGGCAUUGGUUUUCCUGUAUGAUAACAUGGGAGAUGGGGCUGUCCACGACACUCGACAGUUAGGAGGUUACAUGACCCUUUUACAGUGCUGGAUCUACGAACACUUCCCUAGGAUCUGUAAGUGGGGCGAUAGAGGUGCGGUUCCUGCACAUCUUCCAAGAGCAUGUAGGUGGAUUGCAAAACAUGCUGUUGAAGGUGGAUUAGUGACCUAUCGGCAGAGACUUUAUGCUUUGUUGCUUGAGGAUGUACUGUUUACACCAUAUGAUGAUGAUCGAGCUAAUCAUCCGUUUGAAGAUAUUUCGAUGAUCUCUGGUUAUCUUCGAUGUGGUGGAGUCUCAAUCCCAUAUUUGUCGGAGCGAUGUCUUCGACAAUUUGGUCGUAUUCAGUGCAUCCCGCCUGAUGUUCCUCCCAGGCCCGCCAGUAUAGAUUGGGUGUGGCAGACUACUAUGCAGUCAUCUGUAUCGGUGUUUCGGAGGCUAUAUCAUGUUGCGAGUUUUCCUGGAGAGGUCACUGAGGACUAUUAUCCAUGGUACAUGUUUGUGUCACAUCCUCUGAUCAUUCCUCGGUCUACUGCACAUGCGGGUACAUCCUCUGACCAUCCAUCUGACCAUCCAUCAUCUGUUGCACAUGUGGGUACAUCAUCUGCUGCACAUGCUGGUCCGUCAUCUUCUGACCGAGAUCGUAGAACAGCUGAGCUUGUACGUAGAGGCAUUAAUUUGGUAGAGUCGUUUAGUGAAAUUCAUGAGAUUUUAAGUGAGUUAUGUCUUAUGUACGAUGUUUAG